GUCAACCGUGCAAUAGAAGAAACCAUUGCCUCCCUAUCCUACCACCGCCUUGCCCCCCACCCCCAAAUUAACGUCCGCCGCGAAGGUCUUCCCCCUUCCCUGGAGUCACCAGAGCCGCCUUCUCGCCGAAGCAGGCCCGCUACCUUCAAGUGGAGAAACUCAGGCUUCCUCGCCUCCACCUCUACCUGGUUGGUGUGCAUCUGGACGCGAUUCGUUUCGUCGGUAAGGAGACGCUAGCUUGCAUGGAUCCAACUUCGUUUUGAUCUUUCCUUUGCCGUGAGGUAUUAUCUAAUCAAACCGUGUGCCUCAUCUACGACAUCCGGUACGAGUUGUCCCCAUCCGACCGAGGCGGUGAGCAUCCGCUCAUGCUUUUCUUUUGAAACAUAAUGUCUUUUGAAGAUAAUGCAAUGGCUAGUCGUAUCACCUCGCCCUCAUCAAAAGCUAUGGUAUCAGAAUCAGAUCUUCGGAUAAUAAAUGUUGCAUCAAAUGUGGAUCAUUCUCAAGCAAAUAACCAGGCAAGUGCAGUCCUCGGUCCAGUGGCUAUCUUUUGGGACAUUGAGAACUGCCCUGUUCCAAGUGAUGUACGGCCAGAUGAUGUUGCUGGGAAUAUACGGAUGGCAUUACGGCUGCAUCCUGUUGUUAACGGUGCAGUUACAGUUCUCUCUGCUUAUGGAGAUUUCAAUGCUUUCCCUAGAAGACUCAGGGAGGGAUGUCAGAGAACCGGAGUCAAACUUGUCGAUGUUCCAAAUGGGCGGAAAGAUGCUGCUGAUAAGGCUAUACUGGUAGAUAUGUUUCUCUUUGCUCUGGACAAUCAUCCACCGUCAUCCAUUAUGCUUAUAUCUGGUGAUGUGGACUUCGCUCCCGCUCUCCAUAUACUUGGUCAGCGUGGAUACACUAUUGCCCUUGCGAUUCCAUCUUCAGUUACCGUCUCAUCGGCUUUGAGCAGUGCUGGGAGUUUCGUGUGGGACUGGCCUAGUCUUGCCCGUGGUGCAGGCAGUGUACCCCCCAGAUCCUUAGGGCAUCGUGCUGCUGAUCCUUUAGUCUGUCCUAACAGUGUAACACCGGGGAAAUUUCCUGACAUACAGACUGAAGAGGAGGCCAUUGUUUAUAUGGGAACUUUUAGGAAUGAAUAUGGUGGCAGAACAACCAGCAACCAGAUUAAUUGCUAUAACUCUUCACAGGUCACCGGAGAAUCAUGCAAAGCUUUCUGUACUCUGGCGGAUGGCAGUUGUGGCACCGGCACGUCAUCGAGGUCACAUCAUGUAUUAGGUGGUUUGAAUGAAGUCCCAGUGAUAGACCAAGGAUUUACAGGCGAACAAUCAUGGUGGGUUCGUCCGGGUGACCUUCAAGGCUUGAAGGGUCAACUAAUAAGGUUAUUUCAGUUAUCUGGUGGAUCUGUUCCACUUGUCCGUGUUCCUUCAGAGUAUUUAAAGCUGUUCGGAAGGCACCUGUAUGUAGCAGAAUAUGGAGCUGUAAAACUUGUUCAUCUUUUCGAAAAGCUGGCUGAGUCUUUUGUUGUCAUAGGGAAGGGUCAGAGGAAGAUGAUUUGCCUACGCAAUUCUGGUGAUAGGAACAUGAAGAAAUGUCCAAGCACACCAAUAAUUUUGAAAAAUGAAAAGAGAUUGAAUGCUACUCUCGAGGAAGGUACUAGUGAAACAUGUCAGCAGUUGAGCAGCUCAUCAGAAGAUCUCUCAGAGGAUGAACAGAAUAUUAACCCUGACGUAGAUGGAGCAUAUGUGUUUGAUAGCCAUCUAUACAAGUGCAGAACAGAGGUCGAGGCUCUUCUUGUCUGUUACUUGUCGUGCCCUCUUCCACUCUCUCAUUUUGAGUCCCUGUAUGAGCAACGGUACAAGAAGACUCUCGACUACCAGAGCUGUGGAGUUGAUGGUCUGGAGGAACUGCUUAACAAGUUAAAAGAUGUUGUCGAAUUGAAUGUAGAUGAGAUCAGCAACAUGAAGUUCAUCAAAGCCAAGUCACCAAAAUGUAGUCCCUCAAAGCCAUGUUAAAUAGUGGUUGUCCUAAUAUCAGUAGUAUAGUCACUUGAGUACUUAGGAUUUUGUUUCCUCGCUGAGCAUGUUUGUCAAGCACUGGGCUGACGUCUAUUUUAAUCAUGUCGGUGGGAUAGGAGCAGACGUGCAGUUGCACAGCAAAUGCUUGCAAUAUUAUCUUGUUCUGCUAAUCUAAUCGAAUAUUGGUUGCUUCAUUUAUUGAAUAGUGAACCAUCUUUUGGCUGUUC